AUGGUCCUGUCCCAGCCGUCGCCGGCGUUGCCGUUGGUCUUCUCGGCGGUCGCGCUCGCGGUCCUGGUCGUCCUGGCUGUUCUCGUGGUGCUGCAUUUCAAGGACAGUCGCGAGCAUGAACCCAUCGGGCUUUCGAUUGCUGCAAUCGUCAUCAUCCCAGUCGAUGUCUAUCUGGUCUCCUUCACGACCGACGCAUCCACCGGACUCAAGCACAACUGGGCGACGCCGGACUAUCUUGCAGUCACGUCGACGGCCCUUCGAUACACGUAUUUCGGCAUCUACGCAGCCACCGCUUUCUGUAUCUUUGUGGCGGUGCCGUUUUCAUACUUUUACUUUGAAGAGUUUGACGACAGCGAUGCGGCCUGGAAGAAGAGAGUCGCCUCUGCGUGCAAGUACACCGGCUUUACCAUCUUGAUCAUCACCACCUUGAUGGUAGCCGGCAUGGUCGUGCAAGAAACGUCCGUCCCAAGCAGUCCCGCCCCAUGGUUCGACCGGAUGUUGUCAAAGAACGGCUUCGAAAAGUCGAUCCGCUUCGUCUUUGCGACCAUGAUCAUCUUUGGGAUGUGCAUUUACACAACAUACACGGCGGUCGGCCUCUUCUCGAUGUGCAAGGAUCUUGCCAAGGGCAAGCCGGCUCCUGUCGCCGAAAAUCGCGAGGUGAUUCUGCAGAGGAGGCUGCUUGAGGGCAAGAUUGCUGCCCUCCUAUCCCGAAACGGUGGAUCCGAGGCUCGAAUGUCGCGACGGGACCGAGCCAAGCUCCAAGAGCUCCAGCAAAGUCUCAGGCAGUUCUCCGAGCCCGACCCUUCCACUCUCACUCCGCCGACCCACUUCGGGAUGCUGCUGGAGGCCAUCAAGCCGUUCAAGGCCGCGAUCGGAAUCGUCGCCAUUCCCGUCACCAUCUUGACGCUGGUGUCCGUCGGCCUGACCAACACCGACCGAAUGCUGUUCUCGGUGUGCGGACGAAAGUGCGGCUUCAUGAUUGACACGCCAACGCUUUUCAAUCCGAUGGACUUUUUGCUGCUCGAGUCGAGCAAGCUCUUUCCUCUGGACUUUGCCAUCCUGUUGCUGGUCGUGCUGAUCCUGUUUGUAGCGACGCUCUACGGCAUCUCGAAACUCGGCAUCCGAUUCCUGUGGAUCCAUCUGUGCGACUUGAGGCCCCAACGCUCACUGCCGCAGGGUCUGCUCCUGACGGGAGUGAUGGGCUCCUUGGUCGUCUUGGCGCUUGGAUACACCAUGAUGAACGUCGCUCCGCAGUAUACGACCUUUGGAAACCAGGCAUACUGCUCGCUGAUUGUCAACGGAACAGCCAUGUGCACGGGCGACAAUGCCAGUCCCAUCCUGCCAUGCUCGUUUUCUGCCAACGAAGCCAUCUGCUCGCCAACUGUGUUUUCUACCAUCCUCGAUCAGAUCCUCUACAACACACCCCUCUUUGGCACAACAUACUUUGUUGGCCAAUGGGUGUUCCUUGUCGUCUUUAUGCUUGCGGGAGUGAUUGCCAAGUGGAUCGGACGCCUCAGUGGAGACGAAGAUCGCACCGAGAGCACAUAA